CGCGCCAUGGAUCGCGAUGACAGGGCUUUCAGCCCCAAGCGACGUCGAAUCGACUUCAACCCGCUGAGGUCCGAUGAUCGGUACGCAUCGUUACCAAGCCGGACCCAGUCUACUUCGCGCGCGCCGCGCGCAGAACCCGCAGAGUCGAAGCAGCCGCCACCUGAAGAAACGCAAGAGGAAGAAACAGCUCUCGACCGCGACUGGUAUCUUGGCGACGAGACGGGGCACGUGUUCGGCGACGAAGCACACAAUCCCUUUGGCGAGUACGACUCGACAUGGGUCGAGCAACAGCAGCGAGAUGCAGACCUGGUUGAGAAAAAGGCUGGACGGCAGCUCAAUGCGCGCCAGCUUCAAAGACAAAAGGACAAUGAUGCCUGGGAGACGAACCGCAUGUUGACAUCCGGCGUCGCGCAACGGAGGAACAUGGAUGACGACUUCAAUGACGACAACGAGGGAACCCGCGUACAUCUUCUGAUCCAUGACCUGAAACCGCCAUUCCUUGACGGCCGCACGGUCUUCACAAAACAACUGGAACCGGUGCCUGCCGUCAAGGAUUAUCAGAGUGACAUGGCUGUCUUCAGCAGAAAGGGCAGCAAGGUCGUCAAGGAGAGGAGGCAGCAACGAGAGCGCCAACGACAAGCCCAGGAGGCUACGAACAUGGCUGGAACCGCGCUGGGUAAUCUCAUGGGCGUGAAGGAGGAUGAGGGCGACAGCGCACUACCGAUAGCGACCGAGCACGAUGCGCCAAGGUCGGGAGCCAACAAGUUCAGUGAGCAUAUGACAAAGAAGAGUGAAGGUGCCAGCAACUUCAGUCAGACCAAGACCUUGAGAGAACAGCGCGAGUUCCUGCCGGCAUUUGCAGUGCGCGAAGAUCUCCUGCGCGUCAUCAGAGACAACCAGGUUGUUAUUGUGGUCGGCGAGACUGGCUCCGGCAAGACGACACAGUUGACACAGUUCUUGUACGAGGACGGCUACGGAAAACAGGGUAUGAUUGGAUGCACGCAGCCUCGCAGAGUAGCGGCCAUGAGCGUCGCCAAACGUGUCGCUGAAGAAAUGGAGGUCAAGCUGGGCAGCACCGUCGGAUAUGCCAUUCGCUUCGAAGACUGCACAAGCAAAGAGACAGUCAUCAAGUACAUGACAGAUGGUGUCUUGCUUCGAGAGUCUUUGAACGAGGGUGACCUUGAUCGAUACUCCUGUGUCAUCAUGGAUGAGGCGCACGAACGUGCUCUAAACACGGAUGUGUUAAUGGGCUUGUUUGUCAAGAUCCUCCAGCGUCGUCGGGAUCUCAAGCUUAUUGUCACAUCUGCGACCAUGAACUCCAAGAGAUUCUCGGAGUUCUUCGGCGGUGCGCCCGAGUUCUUCAUUCCAGGUAGAACCUUCCCUGUCGACAUCAUGUUCCACCGGUCCCCUGUUGAGGAUUAUGUCGACCAGGCUGUUCAGCAGGUCCUCUCCAUCCACGUUUCCAUGGGGGCUGGCGACAUCUUGGUUUUCAUGACCGGUCAGGAAGACAUUGAUGUCCUUCCGAUUUACAGUCAAAUGCCUGCGGAUUUGCAGUCAAAAAUCUUCGACAGAGCGGCACCAGGAGUUCGCAAAUGUAUCGUUGCAACCAAUAUUGCUGAAACGAGUUUGACAGUCGACGGCAUCAUGUAUGUCGUGGAUGCAGGAUACUCGAAGCUAAAAGUGUACAACCCACGCAUGGGUAUGGAUACAUUGCAGGUCACGCCAAUUUCUCAAGCCAAUGCCGGCCAAAGAGCUGGUCGUGCUGGUCGCACGGGUCCAGGAAAGGCCUUUCGCCUCUUUACUGAGAAGGCGUACAAGGAUGAUCUGUACAUCGCCACAAUCCCCGAGAUUCAAAGGACGAACCUGAGCAACACGGUACUCUUGCUCAAGUCUCUUGGCGUGCGUGACCUCCUCGACUUUCACUUCAUGGAUCCACCACCACAAGAUACCAUCACUACCUCGCUAUUCGAUCUCUGGGCUCUCGGUGCCCUGGACAACCUUGGAGAAUUGACAGACCUGGGAUCCAAAAUGAACGCCUUCCCCAUGGACCCGUCACUGGCAAAACUGCUCAUCAUGUCAGAAGAGUACGGUUGCAGUGAGGAGAUGGUCACCAUCGUCUCUAUGCUCUCGGUCCCAAACGUCUUCUAUCGGCCGAAAGAGCGCCAGGAAGAGUCUGAUGCGGCCCGUGAGAAGUUCUUUGUGCCUGAGUCCGACCACUUGACCUAUCUUCACGUCUACUCGCAAUGGAAAGUCAAUGGCUACUCCGAUGGCUGGUGUAUCCGCCACUUCCUCCACGCCAAGUCUCUCCGACGAGCCAAGGAAAUUCGUGACCAGUUACUCGAUAUCAUGAAGAUGCAGAAGAUGGAGAUGAUCAGCUGCGGGACCGACUGGGACAUCAUCCGAAAAUGUAUCUGCUCGGGCUAUUACCAUCAGGCGGCCAAAGUUAAGGGUAUUGGCGAGUACAUCAACCUCAGAACAUCCGUCACUGUACAACUGCACCCCACCUCGGCACUGUAUGGGCUGGGAUUCCUCCCUGACUACGUCAUCUAUCACGAAUUGAUCUUGACAUCGAAAGAGUACAUGUCCACCGUCACGGCUGUGGAUCCCCACUGGCUCGCCGAGCUUGGUGGCGUCUUCUACUCCGUCAAGGAGAAGGGCUACUCUGCACGGGAGAAGCGCAUCACCGAAACCGAAUUCAACCGGAAGAUGGAGAUCGAGGCACAAAUGGCCGAGGACAAGCGGCGCCACGAGGAGAAGUUGAAGGCUGAUGAGGAGCGGACAGUCAAGAAGAAGGUGGUCGUGGAGAAAUCCAAAAAGAUUGUCACUAGCGGCGCAGUGAAGAAGCCGGUGUGUGUUCCGAUCAAGCUGGACGACAUGUGCAUGUGUCGGGCCCCUAUCCAGCUCCUUCAUGAACUGCUUAAGGGCUUCUUCGGUACCCUGGGCUUCGCCUUCAACCUGCAGCCAUGGCCGAGAUUUUCGACGUCAGUCGCUCCACGUCAUAUAGCAUACCUUGCCGGCCUCAGUGUUGCGACACCAUCCAGUCACUCCGAGCUCGGUAGCCUUCUUGGCGGCGAAGUUACGGUAACGGCCUCUGAGGCACCAGCGCAGCCACAGGUCGUAUUCCGCGGCAAGAAGAGAAAAGCCUAUCGCCAGCGCGCCGACGCUGCGGAACAGCCAAGCCGCGAGCCAGACAGCAUUCACAACACAGAUGCGGCUGCACCAGAAACGGCAAGCUCGACACCCGCGCCCACCGAAUUGAAAGACACAGACUCUGCGGCGGAAGACAAAGACCUGUCAGUAGCAGAACUCCUGCGACGCCGCAAUGCGCGCAAAGCGCGCCUCGGGGGCGUCACGUUCGGCAGCGAGGCAGCCUCCCGUGGGGAUGAUGGUUCUGGAGCUGCAGCGGAAGCCAUGGGCGACGACGACCUGAGCCUGAUGAUCCGAGAGGAAGAGAACAAGAUGCAAGACGCGACGGCGGCCGCUCAGAGGCGUUUUGUCCACCAGACCGGUCUGUCCCGGGAGGUGACCAACAAGCACAUGACGGAUUUCAUAGAAGCGCAGCUAGCGAGGCGGUACACUUCUUCGCAGGCCGGGUCCGGGGCCAGUUCAGCUGGCGCAUCGGUUGAUGGUGCCCAGUCUGACGGGCUAUCGUUCACGCAUGCGCCCGUCAAUCCGGCAAAGCGGGAGAAACAUACCGCACUCCACGGCAAGAUCAUUGAGAUCGACCUUGGAGACGAGGUGCGUGCCCGAAACGAGGCGCUGACGGAACGCGCACGUCGUCAGGCUGCUGGUGAGGCCUUGGAGGACAGCCAAGGUGAAGGUCCGUCCAAGAAGGUCAGGCUUGGUCGCGAUGGCAAACCUUGGCGACCGCGGAAUCGGCGGGGAAGUGACGCCAUUGCGCGAGACCAGCUUGUGGAGGAGCUCAUGCGUGAAAACAGAGUGGACAAUUUCGAGAAGCCGGUGUCUGUGGGGGAUCAGUAUAGUCACAACGAUGACGACGAGAUGGGUGCCGACGAGCGCAUUGCAGAGGAAUUCAAGCGCGACUUCCUGGAGGCCAUGUCCCAGCGACGCCAAGCGCGGAAGAGGACGGUGCCCACCAAUGCACCGCGGCCUGGACCCAAGAGACCUGAUGGCGAAGUGCUCAAGGGCCCGAAGUUAGGUGGCAGCCGCAAUGCGAGGGCAGCGAUGCGCGACAUAUUGCUCAAGCAGCAAGAAGCUGCGAAGAAGGGAUAGAAGUUGUGUCUGGUCCCCGGGGGCGGGCUGGCGCUCGGCUGACGGGGGUUUUAUCCCGGAACUGGCAACAGCCUUUGAAAAUGCACCAAGUGUAUAUAUAUAUACCUAUUCAUGUCUAUAUGCACACAUAUGUCUGCCAUGA